UUGGAAAUGAAAUGUGUCAUAAUUAUCCAGGUGUGAAAUUAUACUAACUUAGAUAGCAUGUCUUAGUGCAGUUAAAUCUGCAUCACAAAACAAUGAUAGUCAGUCGAUUCCAGUCGACCUUGGUUAUGGUGCUAUUUCAGCUUCUCUACCCAAGACAACGAGCGCCGAUUCUUGGUUAACGUGCCUUUUAGCUGUGGCAAUUGAUUUGAGAGUAACAAUAGACCCCAUGAAUGUGAGAAUCAUCAUAGCUGCAGUAGGGGCACUUAUUAUCACUGGAACGUUGACAGAAUGUUUAGACCAAGAUGAACACAACAUAGCAGGGUGCCUACGAGCCUGCGGCUGGGACGAGCAGAAAUCUUUGACCAAGAGAGCUCGGGCCAGCUCAUCUCUCUCCUGCGAUCAGUGUUUAAGAAGGAGGAGAGACCUCUAUCGACAUGCUGUCACUGCCUUUGUAAGACGUCGGAGGCAAUCUCUUAGUUAUGACUGUGCGAGCAGGGCUGAUGACAAUUCACCCGUACCUGAAAUACAGCUUGCAUCCAAUGUCUCCGUAAAAUUCGGACAGUAUGAUAACACAGACGACUGGUAUGCCUACGUAUCUUGGAUUCCAAUCAAUGAUACGGCUGGUUUUUUAAAAGGCUAUUCUGUUCGCUACUCGUUUGACAGUGAUAUACUUUGUGCUAAGGUGCCGAAGAACCAAACGUCUUUCAGAAUAAACAUAUCUAGUUAUGGCUAUAUUCAGGGCGAGAAUAUUCACCUAGUGGUUAUAAGCAUCCCGUAUAAUAGUGCUGUCACUGGGAUGCUGUCAUUCUCUGACAAAAAAACUUCAACAUCACCACCACCAUCACAAACUAUGACAUCAGUUAGGGUAACAACGAAAUCAUCGACAGCUGCAAAAGCAUCCAUAGCCACAGAAACAUCAAAAGCAAGGACAACGACGAAAGGCUCUGACAAACCCAUGAAAUAUGUGUCCAUUUCCGUCGGUGCUGUAGCUGGUGUCUUGGCUGUAGUAUUGGCUGGUGUUUUCCAUAAAAAGUUUAUUAGAAUCUGUGUAAAACGCGAGGGAUUUAACUAUGAUCGUCCACCUGGUGAUAUUGAGCCUGAAAAUCAUGACAUAUUCAUAAUUUUUAAUAGCAGUGAUAAAGAAUUGGUGGAUAAAGAGCUCCUACCCCUCAUUGAAGAACAGCAUGGGCUCCAAUGCCGAGUCCAUUACAGAGACUUCAAAGCUGGUGGUAUUAUCUAUGAGCUGAUGUCGGAUAGUAUUAGUAAAAGUUACAAAAAUGUUGUAGUUUACUCGAGGAACUUUUUGAAUAGUAGCUUUUGUAUAUUUGAACUGAAUCAAGCAAAGCAUAGACUUCUUAGAAAAAAUGACGACAGUUUAGUCAUUAUAAGAAAAGAUGACGUAGAUUUAACAUCGCUACCUGAAGAUCUGCAAGAAAGAAGCGUUAUCGACUAUGGCAGUAAUCACGAAAAACCCUACUGGGAAAGAAAACUCAUCGAGUUUCUCAAGUUGCCUAACAAAAACAGGCAUGAAAGCACAAAAAGUAAUGAUACAGUAGUAUCCUCCAUAGACGACGUCGACCCGAUCAGAGAAGAAGUUUUCUGAGAAACAUUUCCGAACAUGGACAGAGGACUUGUUUUACUUUCGCGUAACGAGGCGUCAAGUUACCGUUAUGAAUAUUAGUAAUAUUUAGUUCCUUUUUGAAGCUUUUCGAACCUUUGACGUUUCUCAACGCAGCUAUUUAUGGCAAAUUUCAAAACAUAAAACUUGUUGGAUAUCAUGUCCACUGCACUCGAAAAUUCAAGACCCUGCCACACAGAUGAGAGACUGGCACGAGAGAGAACUCAUGCAAUUAGUAUACUCAGCACGGUGCUAAGUGGACAACAUAUCGAUACAUUUCUCUCAGUGACACACAGCUGGAACACAAUCGUAGUUAAAAUAGUCACAGUGUCGAUAAUCAAUGGCUGUUUUAGUAUCAUGAGGGUCAAAUUUGUAGACGAUCCCACGUCACUAUUUACUGUUUGUGCGCCAUUUAUAAAAAUAUUCUACAUUUUAA